CUCUGAAUGAUAUAUAACACCUUCCUAAAGCUUCAGCUAAUUCCUGCCUUGUACUCCCGAAGCAGGUUCUUAAGUUUGAUCGCCAUUUUCAUGAGCAACACCAUCUCCUCUGCAUGACAAAGAUGGUGGCCACCGAGUCGGACAUGAUCUCCCAAGGCGAGCCCGACCAACAACACAAGAACAACCCCUUCUCGUCGCUCGGAAGACAGUCCUCCAUCUACUCCCUCACGCUCGAUGAGUUCCAGCAUACCCUCUUCGAGAGCGGCAAGAACUUCGGCUCCAUGAACAUGGACGAAUUCCUGACCAGCAUCUGGACAGCAGAAGAGAAUCAAGCCACCAAUACCACCACCACCACCACCACCACAACCAAAACCAACAACAACAACAAUACUGCUACCGCUAACAAUAUGACCAACCAUGCCCUUUUAGCAAAGCAGCCGAGCUUGCCACGGCAAGGUUCGCUCACGCUUCCCUCACCGCUGUGUAGGAAAACAGUCGAAGAAGUCUGGUCUGAAAUCCACGGGGAUCAGAAUAAUAGUACUAGCGAUAACAAUAAUGGCGAUAAUGUUCGGAAUCCCGAGUCUGCCCCUCGCCAGCCGACUUUCGGAGAGAUGACUUUGGAGGAUUUUCUGAUAAAGGCAGGGGUAGUGAGGGAAACAUCUGCAAUAUUGCCAGCGUCCCAACCACAACCCCAGCAGCAACAGUACGGGGUGUACCAGAAUAGCAACCCCACAGUAGGUCCCACUUUUGUCAACAGGCCUAUGAUAGGAUUGAGCGGUGCCGCCGGCAGCGGCGGUGCAAGCGCCGAGCCAUCAGGGUAUGCUGGAAACAGUACUAAGAUGAGUACUGGUGGGUACCCACCGCAGCAGCAGCCGCCGGCGCCGCCGCUGGCGGUUUGUUAUGGUGGGAGGUUAAUGAAUGGUGGCGGUGGAUAUGGUGCGGCGCCGGCAAUGGGAGUAGUGGCGCCGGUGAGCCCAGUGUCUUCUGAUGGGAUGUGCACAGCUCAGGUUGAUAACUCAGCAAGUCAGUUUGAGUUAGAGAUGGGAGGGCUAAGGGGAAGGAAGAGGAUCAUAGAUGGUCCAGUGGAAAAGGUGGUGGAGAGGAGACAGAGAAGGAUGAUCAAGAAUAGAGAAUCCGCUGCCAGGUCUAGAGCCAGGAAACAGGCGUACACAGUUGAGCUAGAAGCGGAAUUGAACCAAUUAAGAGAAGAGAAUGCCAACCUUAAACAGGCCCUGGAAGAGACUGAGAGGAAAAGAAAACAACAGUACUUUGAGGAAACGAAAACGAAAGUUCAAACCAAGGCUCAAAAAGCGAAAGAGAGACUGAGGGUUUUGAGAAGGAAUCUAAGUUGCCCAUUGUGAAGUACUAAAAAGAGUGCAAGGAUCGAGUAAACGCGGAAGCCAUGACUGAGGAAUAAUGAAAACAACGUAUAGGAAAGGCUAACAGAUGAGAGUGAUGAGAAGAAAUUUGAUCAUAUUUUCAUGAUCGAUGGUUUGGAUCAUGACGUAGGAUUAGCUCUUAUUGAGACUAUAUAUUAAACACUGCUAAAUGUAUAAAAGCCAGCUACACCUAGUGCUGAUC